UGUUUAACGCUGCUCACAGACUUUCAGCCAUCAGUUACAAAGAGUUCUUUGUGUGGUCAGCCCCCCUUCACAUAGCUGUGCUGUGAUUGGCUGAGAGCUCAGUCCUAACACUCCAUUGGUCGUGCAUAUUUUACAAGAGUGUGAGAGGCAAAGAGGGUUUUGAUGCUGUGUAUAGACUGAGAAUGAGGUGUACACACACACACACACACAUAUAUGCACACACACAUAUGCUCUGUAACACAUCUUCAGAAUGGCUGCUCGUUUAAAUCAGCUAACUGUUUUACUUCUGUCUGUGCACCUGAUUCCGACCAAUCCGGUUGCAGACCAGAGGUCACAAGGUAAAAGCAGGAAGCGAGUGAAUCCGGUUCUCCAUACGGAGCCGCCCAGCCCUGACCCAAUCCGAGACACCCAUCAGUACUGCAAUUACCCCAAUCUCACUGAACACGGCUGGGAGGGUCACAGUCCAGCCGACUACAAACUGCUGUCGGUCCAGGUGAUGAUUCGCCAUGGUGACCGUUAUCCUCUGUACUCCAUUCCUAAAACUAAGAGACCUGCUAUAGACUGCACACUGUCAGACAAGAGAAAGCCCUCUCACCGCCUCUUGGCCUCUUUCAUAAAUCACAUGGCUCUGGGAGGGCGUGGUCACUGGGAUGCAUCAUUGGGAUCUCUUCCUCGAUUACCCAAUCACAGCAGUUGUGAAACAGGAGAGCUUACACAGACAGGUGUCGUACAGCACUUAAAAAACGGUGAUCACCUUCGUCAGGCCUACAUCAAGCGUCAUAACCUGCUCACCGAUGACUGGUCGCCAAGGCAGUUGUGGGUGGAGACCACAGGUAAAAGCCGCACCCUGCAGAGCGGAUUGGCUUUCCUGUUCGGCUUCUUGCCAAAUUUUGAUUGGUCGCGGGUGACGGUACGACAGCAGUGGAGUACGCUGUUCUGCGGUUCCUCGUGCGACUGUCCUGCGCGUAACCGUUACCUGGAUCAGGACCAACGCAGACAAUACCGCCAUAGGACGGCAAACACCGAACUGGAGCACACGUAUGUCGCCAUGGCGAAGGCUUUGGGUGUGGCAACGAAAACUCUCAGGGCAGCCAAUCCGGUGGAUGCGCUGUUAUGUCAUUUUUGUCACAGUCUUGCCUUCCCCUGCUCAAGCACACGGACUUUAUCAGACACUCCCGCGGAGGAGGCGUGUCUUACGCUACAGCACUUUGCCGUGAUUCGCCGGCAACAGAAGGAUGAUGAACUGGACCGAAGAGAGGCGGGGAUAUACCGUCGCUACGCCGUGCUCGCAGCGCAUCCGUAUCUCAACCGCACUGCGACACGACUGGAACGGAUCGCAAAAGGCAGACAGACGCGCAGAGGAAAAGAGGAAGCGGUGUUUGCUUUAGCCUCCGCCCAUGAUGUAACUAUGGCGCCGCUGCUAAGCGCCCUGGGACUGGAAGGGGCGGGGUUUCCUAGGUUUGCCGCCCGGCUGGUGUUUGAGCUGUGGAACGGCCCAGAAGUGAAAGAAAAUAGCGGAAAAAAAGGAAAAGGGUUGGACAAUGUGUUUAUUCGUGUUCUUUAUAAUGGCGAAGACUUGACCUUUGACACAGCCUUCUGCCGUGACCACAGACGUGAUUUUGCUCAACCCCUCUGUCCUCUGGGUAAUUUCCUGUCUUUUGUUAAGAGGGAUAUGUUUAAUAUUAUCAAUGCUACAAGUUACCAGCAGGCCUGCCAUCAAAAUGUACUGUAGUACGAAUGUGAUUAGUGAAGGAUGUAAAGCACAAAGCGCGCACAGACAGCAGACAACUCUGGGCCAGAUCCGGCCCACAGUCAUCUGCUGUCUGGGUGAAUAAUUAAUUGUUAAAGAGAGAAUCAAGAGAGAAAAUUGGAACAUUUCCCUUAAACAUUCAAUUUUUUUCAAUUAUGCACCCUAACAGGUUGUGUACAUCUUUCAUGAAACAGAAAAACAAGUUGAAAUUGUAAAAGCAUACAUGGUGCUGCUGUCGGACUUCAAACAAUUGACAAUUAAAGUAUCGUAAAGGUUUUUUCACAUUGACACGCUAAACGACAAACAAACACCAACAUUCAAAGUUAGCUGCUGGAUUUAAAAUGAACGAGUUUGUUGGUGUUUGUCGGAUCGGUGUAAAUAUUUUUCCUGAUGUUUGGACUGACAUGAGUGGAUGUGAAUGAUAACUUUUAGAUGAACUAUUCCUUUAAAAGUGAUUGAUAAGAUUGUUUUUGUUGGACCAAAUAGUUGUCCUUGCACAAAAUAGUUUGCUAAACUUAGAUUCAACUGACAAAGUCAGAAAUUGUUUACAACAGUCACUGUUAUUCAAUAAAUGAGAUUUAGGUAUUAAAUGAUCGCACAUCUGAAUGUGAUAGCAAGGAUUGAAAACCACCUAAAUCCAGCACCCAAACCAACACAACCUCAAUAAAAUUCCUACGUAUUUUACGAGGUAUUUGGUUUUCAAUUCGUAUGAUUUCAUACAAAAUUGCUACCUCGUAAAAUACAUAUACGAAUGUGAGAUCAGGUUGGACAAACACACAUAUUCACUUCUUGCCUUUAUUCUGAGUCAGUCUAAUGCAGACAGUCAUUAAGACAAUCCUAGUCGUUUCACUUUAGACAAAUUUUAACAAUGCAUUUGUGAUGUAUUUGUCAUUCUUAAAUCCAGAUGUCUUUGUUUGUAGGAAAUUUAGGGCACUCAGCCACUUUAUAGAAGAAUUCCUGUGCGAUCGGGAAUGAGAUUUGUGUUGCUCGGCUCUCUUGUGGAUGACUCUACGGUAGACCAAAUGUGUUCAGUUCUCACUGAAAAGGUAUUUUAUAGUUUUAAACACAAUAUAUUGUCAUCCACAUUUGGUGUCCUCUUAAUUUCUUUAUUUUAUUUCAAUAGCAGUGAUAGUAUUUCUACAAAGCUUUGUAUGUUUUAGUGAAGUGUCUAAUCAUCACAUUCCAAACCUCAAAGCAGAUUUUUUUAAAUAAAACAAAUUGUUUUGUCUGAAAA